AUGUUGCGCUUUCGUCUUCUCCCUGCUGUGACGGGUUUAGCUGCCAUUUCUAGGCGAUACUAUGGAACAGCACAUUCUACCCGCAGCCGCCGCAGGCUGAUGAUGGUGGCCUUGGUAGGAACAGCCGCGGUGGCAUCAACCACUGGACUCCUGUUGAAGAGAGUGCAUGCAGAAGCAGCGUCAUCAGUGAAACAUGAUAUACGAGCAGAACCUGGCGAGAAGGCAAAGAACAGAGAAGAUCCAGCGAAUCAAGAUUGUGACGACAGGCAGGCCGUAGAAUCAAGUGACGAGGAUGCUCAGGGAGAAGGGAAGAAGAAGAAACGUUCUGGAUUUCGGGACCGUAAAGUGAUGGAGUAUGAAAACCGAAUCCGAGCCUACUCCACUCCAGACAAAAUCUUCCGAUAUUUUGCUACAUUGAAAGUCAUAAACGAGCACGGAGAGUCAGAAGUCUUUAUGACUCCACAAGAUUUUGUGCGUUCGAUAACUCCAAAUGAGAAGCAACCAGAAAACCUCGGCCUGGAUCAGUAUGUGGUGAAACGCUACGAUGGGAAGAAAAUCUCCCAGGAAAGAGAGAAGUUUGCAGAUGAGGACAGCAUAUUCUACGCCCUUGGAGAAUGCGGUCUGAUUUCCUUUUCAGAUUAUAUCUUCCUCACUACAGUCCUUUCUACUCCUCAGAGGAACUUUGAAAUUGCCUUCAAGAUGUUUGAUUUGAAUGGUGAUGGAGAAGUGGAUAUGGAAGAGUUUGAACAGGUUCAGAGCAUCAUUCGCUCCCAGACGAGCAUGGGCAUGCGUCACAGGGACCGUUCCACUACAGGGAACACCCUGAAGACUGGCUUCAACUCUGCACUGACCACUUACUUUUUUGGAGCUGAUUUGAAGGGGAAACUGACCAUCUCUCACUUCUUGGAGUUCCAGCGCAAACUUCAGCAUGACAUCUUGAAGCUUGAGUUUGAAAGACAUGACCCUGUAAACGGUCGGAUCACGGAGCGCCAGUUUGGCAGCAUGUUGCUGGCUUACAGCGGAGUGCAAUCCAAAAAGCUCACCCUCAUGCUGAAGCAACUCAAGAAGCAUUUCCAAGAUGGAGAGGGCCUGACAUUUGAGGAAGUAGAGAACUUCUUCACAUUCCUGAAAAAUAUCAAUGAUGUGGAUACAGCUUUAAGUUUUUAUCACAUGGCUGGAGCCUCUCUUGAUAAAGACACUAUGCAGCAGGUUGCCAAGACAGUGGCGAAAGUGGAGCUGUCAGACCACGUGUGUGACGUGGUUUUUGCUCUUUUUGACUGCGAUGGGAAUGGAGAGCUGAGCAACAAGGAGUUUGUCGCCAUUAUGAAGCAGCGGCUCAUGAGGGGCUUGGAGAAGCCCAAGGACAUGGGCUUCACACGACUCAUGAGAGCCAUGUGGAAAUGCGCACAGGAGACUGCGUGGGAUUUUGCUAUGCCCAAACAAUAACCACAAGCCAGGAGGGAAGGCGACCUGCAGAGGGGAAGCACGGAUACCGCUGAGCUGCCUCUGCAUGCCGAGGGCCAUCUUUUUUGAUGCUCAGUAGGUGAAGGCCUCUUCCU